ACUGGCAGUUCUGACAAACAACUCCCAGCCCUGCAGCUCCUGCUCCUCAUCCCACAAACUUACUUGAGUCAGUGUCUCCGUGUUACAUGGAUCCCAGUCCUGUCCCAUUAGCCAUCUGUGGCCGACACUGAUCCUCCCUGGGCUCCUGACUCGUGACUUGUGCCCGGGCUCCGACUCACCAUUCCAAGAAUUGGAUCUCUGAACCUGUUGUGCUGCUAAACCCACACCAUGGGAAUCAAAACGGCGUUGCCGCACUAUGAGCUGGGCUUCUAUGCCCUAGUGGUGACUUGUGCCUUGGUCUACUCCAUGAAUGGAAUCAUUGAAGCCUCCCGGGAUGGCAUGAAGCGAAAGUCAUUUCGGGAGAACAUAAAGGAGGGCUGGCAUUACUUUGGAAGGAAAAUGGACGUUGCUGACUUUGAAUGGGCCAUGUGGUUCAACACAUUCAGGAACUACAUUCUCUUCGCCCUCUCGGGACAUGUCAUCUUUGCCAAGUUUUUUUCAUUGAUGGUUCCUCAGUACAGAUCAUACGUUUAUAUGCUGUACGGGAUCCUGACUGUGCUGGCAAUCAUGGGAACCAACUACCUGAUGCUCAUCUUGUCCCACUGUUUCCUCCUCUACACCAUUUCGCUGAUUAAAAGCAAGUGGCUGUGCUUCCUCGCCGGCCUCUGUAGCCUGGUCACCUUCAAAAUGGAACCAUUCAACACUUGGCAAAGUGGCUUUGUCACAGGGACUUUCAGCCUCCAAGACAUUCUCUUUUACGGAGGCAGCGGAUUUUCCAUAAUGCGCUGUAUGAGCUUUGCCUUGGAGACGUGCGAGAGGAAACAAGGGUUCUACUCCCCGAUCGAACUUCUCAAAUACAAUUUCUACCUCCCUUUCUUUUUCUUUGGCCCGAUUAUGACUUUCGAUCAGUUCCACUGGCAGGUAAACACAAGAGAACUAACACGGAAGGAGAACGAGAUGUGGAACAUCCGAGUCCAUGCUCUGACGCAGAUCCUGGUGAUUCUAUUGGUGGACGUGUUCUUCCAUUUCCUGUACAUUUUGACCAUCCCAUCAGACAUGAAGUUUGUCAAUCGCCUUUCUGACUGGUCAUUGGCGGGCUUGGCCUACUCUAACUUGGUGUAUGAUUGGGUGAAAGCUGCUGUGAUGUUCGGAGUUAUCAACACCAUCUCCAGGCUGGACCACCUUGAUCCACCACAACCACCCAAGUGUAUCACCAUGCUUUAUGUCUUUGCCGAAACGCACUUUGACCGAGGGAUAAAUGAUUGGCUGUGCAAAUAUGUGUAUGACUACAUCGGGGAAGGCCACAAUAAUAUUAAGAGGGAAUUAGUGGCCACCGUGGCUACGUUCCUCGUCACCACUUUAUGGCUCGGCCCGUGUGAAAUCGUCUAUAUCUGGUCCAUCUGCAACUGCUUCGGCCUCAACUUUGAACUGUGGGUGCAGAAAUUCUUCCAGCUGGGACCCUUUGCAAGAAUAGAGGCCAUGCUGCCGGAGUCCAUGUCAAGGAGGAUCAGAGGGAUUUUCGGUGCAGCCAACUUCUGGGCAAUCAUUUUCUAUAACAUAUUAGCCCUUAACAGCCUGGACUUUGCUCUGCUGGUAGCCAAGAGGCUUCUAAUCACAGGUUUCCCAGAAAGCACCCUGUCCAUCUGGCUGGUCACCUACUGCGGGGUGCAGCUGAUAAAGGAGAGAGAGCGGCUAAUAGCCAUCGAGCAAGACAGGCUUGAAAAGCAGAAAGUUGCCUAAUCUCCGCCUUUAUUCGUAGAAGCCAAUGAAACACAAAGAGCAGCGUCCUCCGUGCCAGGGACAUUGAUGCUAAAGUACAACUCCCAGCAACUGACAGCUGCCAAGGUUUACUGAGAGUUGUAGUUCAGCAACCACAGGAGGGCAGGCAGUUCACCUCCAGUUCUAGACAAGCUGCCACCAGCCCUUACAGAAGCACAUUUGUGUCUCUAUAAAAACUCAUGUGCCAUAGAGAAAGUAGGUUUAAUAAAUAUUUUACUAUAAUAAGUA